AUGAGAAGAGCAAUGAGGAGAGAAAGAGUGUUUAGAGAGAGGGAAAAUUACCUAGAUAAAAACGAUGACAGGUAUUUAAUUGAGCGCUACCGUAUGUCACGAGGUGCAAUUGUGAGUAUAGUUGAAAUUAUAAAAGAUGACUUACUCACCGUAACCAAUCGCUCCCACGCCAUUGACCCCCAGAUACAACUUUUGAUUGCCCUGAGGUAUUAUGCAAAAGGCGGAUUUCUUUCGGAAACCGGGGACCUACAUGGGGUCAGUCGAUCCUCUGUCUCUCGCAUUACAAAGCGUGUGACAGAUGGAAUUAUCCAUCACCUGAGAGGGACGAUCAGUUUUCCGGCGGAUGUUUUACAGCUGAAGGAAGGGUUUUAUGCCAUUGCCCAUAUUCCAAAUGUUGUCGGUGCCAUCGACGGCACCUUAAUUCCUAUCAUUGCCCCUUCCGCUGACGAACAUACGUAUGUAUGUAGGAAAGGAUUUCAUGCACUGAAUAUCCAAGCUGUCGUCGACAGUAGGUGUAGAUUUAUCAACAUAGUAGCUAGGUGGCCUGGGUCUGUCCAUGACAGUUUUAUUCUGAACAAUAGCAAUUUGAGUGCAGUUUUUGAGAGACGGGAGAUUGAUGGAUGGCUACUGGGUGACUCGGGGUAUCCCCUUAGACCAUGGCUUUUGACACCCAUAGCCAAUCCAACAACACAUGCUGAUGACAGGUACAACCGCGCCCACAAGAAAACCAGAAGUGUUAUUGAAAGGGCCUUUGGUAUUUGCAAAUCUCGAUUCAUGUGUCUACAUAAAUCAGCAGGACACUUGAUGUCAUCCCCUGAGAGAAGUUGCAGGAUCAUUUAUGCAUGCUUUAUUCUGCACAAUAUAUGCAUUGAAAACAACAUUCCUUUUGCGGAGGAAGAACUUGAUGAAGAUGAAGAUGAGAUUACAUACAAUGGACCAAUAAAUGAUGGUGUUUCAACUAGACGUGCCCUAAUCCAGAGCAGGUUCUCAAAUUGA